AUGGAACAGAAUAACAUAUGGACUAGAAAUGACUGCAUAUCUGAGCAAACCUUAGACUCUGAUAUUGAAACUGAAUUAGCCGAGCUUUUAUUUUAUGAAGAACUAGCAAACAAGGGCGGUGGAAACCGACGUAAUGGUAAUGGAGCCGUGCCUGUGCAAGUAAAAAUAGGUGGUGGAAAUGGUAUUAACAGGCACAUGAAUGGGGGUGAUAAGGAUGGAGGAGGUGGCGCUGCUAUGCAUGAUGGGUCGAACGACAUGGGUGGACCUCAUGCUGCUGCUGCUUCCUCCGUGAACGGCGGUGGCGGCCCCAAUGGGUACUUUCAAGGAGCCGGGCCAGUUCGCAUAGCCGGUUAUCCAUACCACCAGCAGUGGCAAGCUUUAAUGAAUCAACAGAGGGCAAUGGGAGAAGAGGAAAGAGAAAUUACAAGACAAACACAAGCAACUGAUGACAACACAGUUCAAAUAGUAAAAGUAGAGGAAAGAGAUAUUACAACACAAGCUACUGAUGACAACACAGUACAAGGUGUUCCGAGUUAUGCUUUUGAAGUACUAGCGAAAGCAACUGGUAAUUUCUCCAACAACAAUCGUCUUGGCGAGGGUGGUUAUGGUCAAGUUUAUAAGGGAAAGCUUCCAAAUGGUAAAAUGGUUGCAAUUAAGAGGCUUAUACAUCAUUCUGAUUCGGAUAUGGAGGAAAAUGCGCAACUUCAAUUUGAGGAGGAGGUUAAAACCAUUAGCCGCAUCCGUCACCGGAAUAUUGUGGAGGUGGUAGGGUACUGCAGUAAUAAAGCUGACAGAUUGCUUGUUUAUGAGUUUGUUUCCAACAAUUCAUUGAAAUAUCAUCUGCGGGGAAAAACAUCGCAUGGAAUGGAAAGCCCUGCAAUCGAUUGGCCAAGCAGAAUGAAAAUUGCUUUGGGUACUGCAAAAGGAUUGGCAUAUUUGCAUGAAGACUGUAAACCCAAAAUUAUCCAUCGAGAUAUUAAGAGUGAUAAUAUUCUUCUUGAUGAUAAUUUUAACCCAAAGAUCGGAGAUUUUGGAAUUUCCAAAGAUUUUGCAGAUUCUGCUACUCAUGUUUUCACUGAACCAAGGGGAACUGUUGCUUAUGCCCCUUCUGAGUAUUACAACAAAGAUGGCCAAAAUAGGAUACUCACCGACAAGUCCGAUGUGUUCUCUUUCGGAAUUGUGCUUCUGGAGCUAAUUACCGGGAAACUAGCUAUUUUUAUGAAGAAACCUUUAGCUAUUUGGGCAAUGCCUCUACUCAAACAAGUUUUGGAUACCAACGAACAAGAUUUGGAUGCAGAGAAUUGUAAAGAUUUUUUUGAUUCUAAAUUGCAGACAGAAUAUAAUAAAGAUGAAAUGAUUCGAAUGAUUUAUUGUACGCUACAUGAGCUUGCUAAGCACAUUUAUGGUCAGCUUGCCGCACUUCAAUCCCCCAUUACAGAAGAAACUAUUGUCAGUGAUGGGACUUGGAACGGAUCAUCGUCCCUUUGGUCUAGCUAUUGA